AAGAAGACUGAGCUCUGGAAGCAAAGACAGUUUAUCACUUUAUCUUGAGUUGUUAUACUUGUAACUUGUAAGCUUCAUUGAGUACUCCUGCUCUGAAAUUCUUCAACUUCCAUAUAGCAUCUGUUCACCAAAAAUCUACGAUAUUCACCAGAAUCGCACCCAAAAGAGAGGAUCUUGAAGUAAAUGGCAGAGGCUGCUCAAAACCCAGUGACCCAGCAGGAGAAAAUCAUUGUAACCAACAAACAUGGUGAAAAGCUUGUGGGCUUAUUACAUGACACUGGUUCUGGGGAUAUUGUAAUCCUAUGCCAUGGUUUUACAGCCACCAAGGAAGACCCUAUUAUGGUGAACCUUGCCGUUGCAUUGGAAAAUGAAGGAAUUAGUUCCUUUCGGUUUGAUUUUUCUGGAAAUGGGGAAAGUGAAGGCAUCUUUGAGUAUGGUAACUAUAGGAAAGAAGCUGAUGACUUACAUUCUGUAGUUGAACACUUUUUAGGGAAAAGCCGUGUUGCAAGUGUAAUUUUGGGGCACAGCAAAGGAGGUGAUGUAGUGCUUCUGUAUGCUUCCAAGUAUCAUGACAUCCGUACUGUUGUCAAUGUUUCUGGACGUUAUGAUCUGAAGAAAGGCAUUGCAGAACGCUUGGGGAAAGACUUUAUGGAAUUGAUCAAGAAGGAAGGCUUCCUUGAUAUCAAAAAUAACACAGGAGGUGUUGCUUUUCAUGUGACUGAAGAAAGUUUGAUGGAUCGCCUUAGUACUGAUAUGCAUGAAGCAUGCCUUCAGAUUGGCAAAGAAUGCCAGGUGUUGACGGUCCAUGGAUCUGAUGAUGAGGUCAUCCCUGUGGAUGAUGCAGUGGAGUUCUCCAAGAUAAUACCUAACCACAAAUUACAUAUUGUGCGAGGAGCUAAUCAUUGUUACACCUCGCAUCAGGCUGAGUUAGCUUCAGUUGUGGUGGACUACAUAAAGACAGUUCUGCAGCAGGACAAGGCAACUUCCAACUAGGUACUCUAUGCCAAGCAGAAUAUAAAUUCCUGAAGUUUUACCUGUUGAAAAUUGGGUGCCUGGGGGUUCCAUGAGCUUGAUGUUGUUGGAUGCACACAUAUAUGUAUUGCCAUAAGUCUGUGCUCAUUAGUAACACCCGUAUCUUAUCAUGUUGAUUCGGAAAAAAUUGUCUGGGGGUUCAGCUGUCACAUUUUUGUCUGUCAAGAAAGUUAUUUUUCCAUUUCGUUGCCAUGA